CAUGCUCUUCGUCAUUCCCGGUUCUGGUUUUUCACCAAAUCACAUUUUCAAAAUUCUCUCUCUCUUUCUCUCUCCGCGUUUACAUUCAUGUAUCUACGCAUGAAUCUCAAUCUAAAUUUAUCGUGGUUGUUCCUUGUUUUCAAGAUUCAUCUGAAAAUCCGCUUGUUCUGAUUGUCGUUAUCGGUACAUCCCUGCUAUCGAUCCAAUUUCUCUGCCUCUCCGAGGAGCAAAACCCUAUUUUUGCGGCUGGAUUGUUCCGGUGACUGCAGUUGGAUUGCAGUUUCAUUUCAACAGCUGGGAGCAGUGAAAUCCGAAUCGGUUUCAGAUUCCAAGACGAGUUGUUGGAUAGGAGAACUUUAUUGUUGCUCACUAACGCCGAGCUCGCAUGUUUUGCAGUUUAGUCUUCUUUGUGCCCAUGUCGGCUGUUUUAUUGCAUCUAUUUGGUGCACCUUAUUGAAUUUAAUCGGUUGAGGCCAAAGUUCGAUUUUGAAUUUGGACAGGUUUGUGCAGCGAGCUCUUCGCGACGUCAAAGAUCGUUUUUUAGGAUCGCACUGACACCGUAGGAUUCUUGAGAGAACCGAGAAGAGUUUGGAAGUUGAUUAAAUUUUAAGUUAAAGAGUGGCGGCAAUUGUAUUAACUUAUUCUUUUACUGCAAAUCAAUAAAGGCGAUGACAAACGCUAGGGGAGAGAUAAAUAAUCUAUCAGAGAAGUUAUCGGGUUACGUAUUAAAGGAUUCCUCGGUUGGACUUGUGAGACUGAUCUCAGUGUUGAUCAUCCUCGUUGUUGGUGUUGUCAUUGGUCUGACCUCAAGUCCGCUUAUUAAUCGGUAUUUUAACUUACAGGCAGAUCAAUUCUACAGGAAUUAUGCAUCUGAAUAUGAUCUGGUGCCUGCGGUCAGUGGUGAGAAUUGUACCAUUGUCGAGAAGUGUGAGAAGGAGGAUUGUCAAAACAUGGCUAGCUUUCUUGGACCGAAGAAUCUGACACAUGGUAUGUCGGAUGAGGAGCUUUUUUGGAGAGCUUCUAUGGUGCCAAGGAAGGCAGAUUUUCCUUAUGCUAGAAUUCCCAAAGUGGCUUUUAUGUUCUUGACAAGGGGACAGCUGCCAAUGUUGCCAUUGUGGGAGAGGUUCUUCCAAGACCACGAGAAGCUAUUUUCGAUUUAUGUUCAUGCAAUUCCAGGCUAUGAGCUUAAUGUAUCCAGUACAUCUCCUUUUUACAGACGCCAGAUUCCUAGUCAGGGUGUUUCAUGGGGGUCAGUAUCGCUUGUAGAUGCAGAGAGGCGACUUCUGGCCAACGCUCUGCUUGACUUCUCCAACGAGCGGUUUGUUCUUCUCUCGGAGAGCUGCAUCCCCAUCUACAACUUCUCUACCAUCUACAAGUACCUAAUAGGAUCCAACCACAGCUUUGUUGAGACAUACGAUGAUCCCUCCCGCUCCGGGCGGGGCAGAUACAAUCGUCGCAUGCAGCCAGACAUUAAACUCUCCGAUUGGCGGAAAGGAUCCCAGUGGUUUGAAGUUCACCGGAUUCUGGCUACUAUAAUUGUCUCGGACAGCAAAUACUACAGCCUCCUCAGGAAGCAUUGCAAGCCAGCAUGCUACCCGGACGAGCAUUAUCUUCCAACUUUCCUACACAUGUUCUAUGGAUCGCUCAAUGCAAACCGGAGCUUGACGUGGGUUGAUUGGUCGAUGGGAGGCCCGCACCCCGCCACCUUCCGGGAAACUAACAUUACUGAAGGUUUUAUACAGUCAAUAAGGAACAACGGGACUACCUGUUCUUAUAAUUCAGGGAAGACGUCUGUUUGUUACCUCUUUGCUAGGAAGUUUGGUCCCGGUGCACUGGAGCCCUUACUCAACCUCACAUCUACACUAAUGAAAAUUUGACUUUGCCAUCUUGACUUAGGCAAGUUUUCUCCAUUUCCAUUCUCCUUUUAGAUUAGAUUGUUAACUUGGUGGAAAUCCUAGACCGACCUUGGUAGGGCUUUCACACAUUGUUUAUGGUUAUAGCUUGCAUAUUUGAAUGUACAGUGCAGAACUUUGGUACAAAAAUAUGAUCAUAAGAGCGCCUGUCUUGGCUGAAAUUACCAGAACUAAAGAAUAGGUUCCGUUGUAUAACUGCAUCCUCAAUUAUUUUUCCUAGUCUUUUAACUGGGAAAGUGACAUUUUAUACCGUGUCCCAUGUGGUUUCGGUUUUCACCAUUAGUGUCUUAAAGUAAUUGGGAUUUAAGGAAAUAUAAAAGCAGUUGAGACA